AUGACAAACGCGAGCUUUGCAACCCCCCUCUCCCAAUCCACGCAUUCGGAAAUCCUCGAAUGGCGAUUUCCUGGUAAAUACAAGCAAUAUGUUCUCACGGGCAAAUCUCGAGCGGCAUGGCAUACCUCCUUUGUCAUCCCGCAGCUCAAUCUGCUCCUUGAUGCAGGCAUAAUCAUCAACAGACUGCGGCCCAAGCAUAUUUUCUUGACGCAUGGCCACAGCGACCACACCCUCCUAACGCCAGCCUUCAUCAAGCGCGAUGAUCCGCCCGACAUAUUUUGCCCCGUCGAGAUGAAGAACGCCCUCGACGAUUUCCUUAGAUCAAAGACAAUACUCAACAAAGGCGGCCUCGUGACGGCAGACGAUACCGAGCAAGCCGGCUCCAGCGCGGCCGAUGAAGAUGAAGAUGAAGAUGCUCCCGAGGAGGGGUCUUUGCACGCGACCACCCAGAAGCGGCACUGGCUACAGACGCACGAAACACACGGCAUUCGAGCCGGCGACACAGUCCCGCUGAGGCGAACAGUCGAUUUUACAGCCGAAGCCUUCCACUGCGACCAUCAAGUUCCUUGUCUCGGCUAUGUCUUCAAGGUCCACUCCAAGAAGCUGAAGCAAGAAUACGUGGGCAGAAAGGGUGUCGAGCUCAAGCAGCUCCGGGAGUCAGGUGUUGAGAUCACCGCGCCACACUCUGCACCUGUCUUUGCUUUCCUCGGUGACACAACAGCAGCCACGCUUGCCUCGGAGCCUCAAUGGCUUAAAGACGGCAUCCCUGUCGUCAUCACCGAAUGCAGUUUCCUGUAUGAGGAACACAGGCAGCAGUCCAUCAAGACAAAGCACACCAUUUGGCAAGAUCUCGAGAAGAUCAUACGCAAGUGGCCGAAAACCACCUUUGUGCUAACGCACUUCAGUCUGCGUUACAGUGACAAGGAUAUUCGACAGUUCUUCGCCGAGAUGCCCAGCCCGCCUCCUAAUAUCGUCGUAUGGGUUGAUGGAUAUCCUGAGGCAAAAGGCUGA